CAUCCCGCGGAGGACAGGCUUUGGAAGCUGCGCCCUGUGUUAGGAGAGGGCUGAAGGUCUACAAGCUUUGCUCGUCCGACGGUCCAGAGGCAGGGUAUACGGCGGCCUUCAAGAUCUACAUGGGGCAGGACCGCGGCGUAUUUCCAUCCAGCAUGAAGGCCGUCACCGACCUGCUGGAGAAGGCAGAUCUAUUCGACAAGGGGUACCAGUUAUACACCGACAACUGGUACACCUCCCCGACUCUCUUCCAUUACCUGCAGGCCAGGAAGACCAGUGCAGUUGGGACUGUGCGUCUCAACCGGCGUGGCAUGCCCUCGGACCUGCAGGCGAGUCGGGGACAAAUCGACUUCCGGUCCAGCAAGACCGGAAUGAUCUGCCUUCAGUGGGUGGACAAGCGUCCUGUUACGAUGCUUUCUAUCGCCCACACCAGCAAGGUCGUUACCCUGCCUCCCAACCGCCGAGGGGUGGAGAGGUCGAAGCCUGAAGUUGUCGCUGCCUACAACAACGGCAUGAAGGGCGUCGACCUCUCGGAUCAGCUGGCGCAGUCAUAUCCAACGACGAGGAAGACCGUCAAAUGGUAUAAGAAGAUUUUCUUCUACCUAUUGGAUAUGACUACGACCAACGCGCUGGCUAUCCACCGGGCCCUCGGCGGUAAACUUACUCAGUUUGAGUUCCGAAAGGAACUCGUUCGAGGAUUGCUGCAGCAAGGCGGUCCCCGUGGCUCCUUCCGGCGGAAUCCUCCUCAGGCUCGCCACGAGGAGGAGGUUCCCCAGCAGGCACACUUGCCAGUUGACACACCGCAUCGUCGGUGGCGUCGGUGUGUGCUCUGCUGGAGGAACCACCGGCGCAGGAAGGAGACCAGGGUGAUGUGCAGUUGCUGCGGCACCUCACUUUGUCCAACACCCUGCUUUCAGGCCUUCCAUGCCUGAAGGUCGUUGGGCAACAGUUGUAAAUAGUGUAAAAUAUUUUAUGUACAU